AUGGAAACCGGUUCGGCAAAGAGCCGCACUCUCGACCACCACCUGCUCGACGCGAUUCACGGCAGCGAAGGUGGCUAUAACGUGGAUGGCGCAGAUUCGUUCUACGCGCGCAUGGCGGAGCAGGACGCGCAAGCUCCGCGGAUGGGGGAGAGCGGUGGGCGUCGGGGAACGGAGGACGUCUCGAGCCUCAUUGAGGACGAGGAGGAGGAGGAGGGGGAGGAGGAGGAGGAGGAGGAGGAGGAGGAGGAGGAGGAGGAGGAGGAGGAGGAGGAGGAGGAGGAGGAGGAGGAGGAGGAGGAUGGGGUGGGGCGGUGCACGUGCCCCCGGUGUGCCGCGGCUGGCGACGGGGCAUGGCCGGGGCGGGGUCGGGGCCGCAAGUGGGCGGGGCCGCAGGUGGCAUCGGGGCCGAAGUGGGCGACGGGGCCGCAGGUGGCGACGGGGCCGCAGGUGACGACGGGGCUGGGGCCGCAAGGAGGCGACGGGGCCGGGGCCGCAGUUAGGUGA